GAUAACUUCAUGCCUUUCAUUCACACAGACAGAAAUCAGCCAGCCAGUGAGAUUUUCGUGUUCGCCUUUGUGAGUUGUGCGUCGAUUCAUUACGAAACAUUGAAUCUGUUGACAAAUUCAUAAUCCAGUGAAAGCCUAAAUUAAUUUUCUUACCGUUCUAAAAGUGUGAUCUUACAUAACAUAAAGGUUUUGCUAAGUGUCUAAAUAUCUUGUGUGUUCGUCGUUCAGCUGACUUCUCCUUUCACAACACAAAGGAUAAACGGGAUACUUCCUUCACUGUUUUCUGUACGGAUUAUCAAGCACACAUCCUCAGUAUAGUGCAAAACAAUCGGGAAUGAUAACAAAACGAUUCCAAAUACAGAAGUGACGGUGGAGCAGUGUCGUGGAGUGGCAUGGGCGUGCGGUGAGAGUCGGCGCGCUUCAGCAAGAUGACGGAGGGCGAGCGGCAGCAGAGCGCGGGCGGCACCAACGCCGCGCCCCAACACAGGAAAGGGCACAGGAGACAAGAGUCGAUGUAUGCCAUGACGGGAUUGUACGCAGAAUCGGGUUGUACGGAGGGCGGAGGGGACGACGCAGCUGGGCCCAGCACUCCCCCGCCGCCGUCACACCCGCCUCGAGAACCUGGCAAAUGUCACAGCCGGAAUCCCUCAGCUGGUAUUUGCGACAGAGACCGCGAAAGGGAGAAGGAAAAACCUCGGCAAAUGUUUCCAGAAAUAUUAGACAUUCCUCAUGACGCUCGAGAUUGCGGUAUCUUAUCGUGGAGACCGCUUUUCAUCCAGAGAUUUUCUAGUAUAAAAGUAUUUGUAUUUUUUCUUUCGUUCCUGGUGACGCUACAGCAGGCGUUAAGUUCGGGAUACAUAAACUCUGUGAUCACAACAAUCGAGAAGCGUUUCGAGAUACCAUCGAGUCUCUCGGGACUAAUCGCUAGUAGCUACGAGAUCGGGAAUGUCAUCACCGUUAUCUUCGUUUCAUAUCUCGGCAGCAGAAGACACAUUCCAGUGUGGAUAGCAGUCGGUGCUGUUAUAAUGGGCAUCGGAUCGUUAGUGUUUGUUGUUCCACAUUUCAUAGCUGAAGUGAAUAGUGAAACAUUAAUGAACAAUAAAUCAGAUGAUAAUAUCUGUCGGUUGCCAAGAGCCUUAGAACAGGAUAUGGGUGGACUGGGGCGGUUGUCUCAGGGCCUUCCACCGAGUAACUUGAGGCCGGACAAUUGCAUAAAAAGUUCUCCGAGUACUUUCAUGCCAGUGAUGGUUUUCGUGGUGGCUCAAUUACUGCUCGGCUGCGGUGGAUCGCCCCUGUUAACGCUCGGCACGACGUACGUCGAUGAUCACGUUCGCCCUGAAUCUUCCAGCAUGUACAUAGGCUGUAUGUACAGCAUGGCUGCUUUCGGACCUGUCCUCGGCUUUCUGCUUGGCGCGUAUUUACUGUCGUUCCAUAUGGAUUCUUUCUCGGGCGCCAUCAUUUCUAUAGAUCCUGGUGAUCACCGGUGGGUGGGAAUGUGGUGGGGCGGCUUUUUACUCUGCGGCCUUCUUCUCAUCCUGGUGGCCAUUCCGUUCUUCUCGUUCCCCAAAGUGCUCGUUCGGGAGAAAGAGAAGAUCAGGCUGGUGGAAAAAGCAGCCGCAGCCAGCGGCUCCUCUGCUAAACCACCUAAACCACAGACCGAUAUUAAGGACACGGGAUACGGGAAAGAUAUAAAAGACAUCCCCGUGUCAAUGUGGCGCCUCCUCAAGAACCCGGUGUACGUGGUGACGUGUCUUGGCGCAUGCAUGGAGCUGAUGAUCGUGUCCGGCUUCGUGGUGUUCCUGCCCAAGUACCUGGAGACACAGUUCAGCCUCGGCAAGAGUCAGGCCAGCGUUUUUACUGGCUCAAUAGCGAUCCCGGGCGCUUGCAUCGGCAUCUUCAUGGGCGGAUGUCUGCUCAAGAGACUGGAGCUCCGGCCGAAGGGCGCGGUGCAGUUCGUGCUUAUCUCCAACACCAUCUGCCUGUCGUGCUACGCCCUGCUGUUCUUCCUCGGUUGCGACAACAUCAAGAUGGCCGGCACCACCAUACCCUACACCAAUAACAGCAACCUGGAACCGUUCAAAGUGAACUUGACGGCGGCAUGCAACUUCAACUGCUUAUGCACUGAGACGGACAUGGAGCCGGUGUGCGGCAACAACGGGCUGACGUACUUUUCGCCGUGCCACGCCGGCUGCGCUGCCUUCUCCUCGCGGUACAACUUCACCAACUGCGCAUGUGUCCACGAGAACGUACGCGACAUGGGAGUAGGCGCAGUAAACGUACGCGAUAUGGGGGUAGGCGCAGUAGUAAGCGGCGCGUCGGCGUCUGCACUAACAGCGGGCACAGCGCGAGAAUACAGCGGAGAAGUCACCGUGGUUCCCGUAGCCACGGCUGGAGCCUGCAACCCGCCCUGCACUACCAUCUUCCCAUUCCUCGUGCUACUGUUCUUCAUGACCUUCGUGGUAGCUGUCACGCAGAUGCCGCUGCUUAUGAUAGUGUUGAGAUCCGUAAGCGAAGAAGAGCGCUCGUUCGCGCUGGGCAUGCAAUUCGUGAUCUUCCGUCUGUUCGGCUACAUCCCCGCGCCCAUCGUGUUCGGCAACCUCAUCGACUCCACCUGCCUGCUGUGGAAGCAGUCCUGCAGCGGCGAGAAGGGCGGCCGCUGCUUGCUGUACGACAUCGAACAGUUCCGAUACAGAUACGUGGGCCUGUGCGGCGGCAUCAAGAUAGUGGCGCUGGGCAUCUUCAUGGCGGACUGGUGGCUGGUGCGCCGCCGCCGCCACCUCGACUGCUCGCCGCCGCUCGACCCGCACAAAGACAUCGCCGGCUCCAUCAUCAGCCUCGACAAACUAUUUGAAGAGCUGCCGUCCACGGACAACGCGAGCGGACUGCGCUCGGGCGCCGCGUCCGGGCCCAGCUCGCACACCAGCACGCCGCUGGAGCCCGGCGAGCGCGAGCCCGGCCCGCAGCUGCAGCGCACCGACUCGCAGUACUCGCAGGAGUCAACACGUGCCAGCGGGCGGAACUCGCGCGUUCUCGUCGCGUCGCGGCAUCUACGAAACGACUCCAAGACCAUUCAGCUCGAGCCCCGUGCCAGGCAGCACUCGCUCGACGAAGAUAGAGGUCACCCGGAGCGAAACCGUGCGGUCCGAAGCGACUCGCGCGACUCCCGGGACUCGCGGAGAGACUUCCCGCGAUCCGCGUCACGUGACUUCGCCGGACACUCGAGAUCUGGCUCACGAGAUUUCAAGGUGCACUCGCGGUCGGACUCGCGCGAGCUGAGCCUAGAACAGCUGAAGCAGCUAGCGCUCAAGAGCAUGGAGAGCCUGGACCUGACGGUGCUGCCGCUCAGCAAGUGCGCCGACGAGGAGAGCAAGCGCCUCAUCGAGGGCGGCGUGCUGCGCCACCGACGCACCGGCUCCAAGGACCUGAAGCCGCCGGAGUCGCGGCACAAGCGCACGUCGUCGCACCACAUCACCAUGGAGCCGAGCGAGCUGAGCCUUCAGCUGCACAAGGGCCGCAGCGUGGACCAGCUGGCCAGCGCGCCGCUCGACCCGCGCGUCUGAGGCCCCGCCCCCCGAGUGAUACCUAGUUAAAUUGAACUUUCCCAACCCCUGAACUCACGUUCCGAAUCUAGCGUAAAUAAACGAGUGAUUUCAAAUCAUAUCUUUAGGUAGUCUUGACGCUUUCUUAUAGAUAAUAAAAAACCUUAGCAAAUUCGCUUAACGAACUCUUAGCGAUUACGAAUUCGGUUGAAUUCUUGUAGUUCAUUUAACUUUUCGUUCGUAUGAAGGGAGUCAAUUAAAAUAAUCUUGUGUUACACGUAGAGAUAUCCUCGUAACCUGUGCACGGUUUCUAGUUCUGAGGUGCGUCUUGUAGUAGCUUUCGAUUAGAAAUGGCAACUUUAAAUAUUAUGAACAAAAAAAUAUUAUAUUAGUUAAAUCUAUCUAUUUGUUUACUGUAAUGUACUUAAUAAUGGUUGAUUGAUGUUAUGACUAAAUCGUUGAUUCUGUAGCAUUAAAAUCUGAAUUUUUAAUGAAUCAGACGUUGCAGACUGCAUACCACCCUUGCCUUAACACCAUCACUAAAAUUAAUAUUGAUUAAGCAAAGAAAAUGUAAUUUUAAAGUGACCAUUGUAAACUGGAGCACUAUCAUAAGAAAUGAUUAAUUUUAACCCUUGGAAUAGGUUUAUAUUGCUCAUUAGUAGCACCAAGUGAGCCAAGUAACCUAAAAGCUGUAAUAUUGGAUAAUAGAAUAUCUUUUGAAUCUCACUGGCAAGAAUAUCUUUUAACACAUACAUCAGUCAUAUGGCAUAAUAUAAGUUGUAUAAAUGUACAUACAAUUUUAUUGAUUUCUUGAACAACUAACUUUCAUAAUGGCCUAUUUAUGUCAAUAUUUAAAAGUGAACUGGUGAAAUUUUAUAGAUCCACAUUAUGUUAAAAUAUCACUAGGUUUCUAUACCCUCAAUUGGGACAUUAAUGGCUAACUAACAAAAAGCAAACAUAAAAAAUCAUAUUUAACUUCUGUAUUAUAUUGCACAAAACUUCCCAUCAUAGGCACACCAUGCCAGCAGAAGUAUCAUUCAGAGAAUAUUUUUGUUACUAGUUAAUUAACAUUCCUUUAGUACUAAUUACCUAUUUGUUUUUCAGUGACAAGCACAAAACCACCAAAAAGUUGUAGCAAAUAUUCUAAGUACACUUUGUGUGUAAAAGGUUUUCCUGUAUUUAUUGUGAUCUCAAAAUGGUGAAUUAUGUCUUUGCCAGAUGUGUGAAGUACGAUUGUUUACUUUUCAUAAUGCAACAUUGAUUUGUAAAUAUUUAUUUUUACUUUUUUACACAUUUUUUAAAGUGUUUUUGCAUUGCAUUUGAAAAUUAUUUAUAGAUGGAAAAUAAUAUUUGUCAAUCAUCAUUUGAAAUACCAUUCCUAACUAUCUAACAACCAGAACCAAGCACUUCUCUUAUGUUCAUUGCCAAAGCAAAAUUAUACAUAGGUAAUUGCAUAAUAUUCUUAACAUUUUGCUUUUUAAUUAAACCUUCUCAUAAUUAUUAAGCAGGUGUAUUAUCAGGUGAUGAUUGGCUCAUUCAUUAAUAUUAUAACUUUGGCAUUUAUCAAAUAUUCUUGUACAUUAAAAAAUGUCAAUUCUUCGGCUGCUCUUUAAUUAAGUCAAGUACUAAGCUACGACUAGGGCUUUAUUUACAGUGUUGUAAUAACUAAUUGUGACAAUGUCAUUGUUCUGCUUCACUUCAAGAUUUUCCAGUAAGCACACUGCACUGUAUUAUAAAUUAUAUUGGCGUUUUAAAGUUGUAAUGUUAUAAUAACCAGCAGUCAACCAACUAUAUCCUAAUUACGAUUUUGACAUACCAAUUACAGCGUUUGCUGAAACUGGGUGUUCAACAAUUUUAAUAUUGUGCAUGACACUGUAAAGAAGGCCUUGUGAUUUUAGUAUAUAAAUGUGCACAUAUAGAAAAAGCAAUAUAUUUAUCUCAAAUUUUAACAUAAAAAGACAGUAAGUUGUCGCUGUAAAUUUUUGUCGUAUAUUUGUUAAGA